AUGGCUAAGAAAUGGAUUGGUUUUACAGUGGCAAUCAAAUGUAAAGAAGCGGUUGGUUCGUAUGAAGGGGUCAUCGAUGAGGUCAAUAGUAUUAAGCAAACUCUGACACUGACUGAGGUCUUCAAAGAUGGAAAACCAUUCCAUUGUUACAAAUUAACAAUCAAAGCUCAUGAUAUUGAUAGUGUAGUCAUUAUUAAAGAUCCAAAACAAGUUAAUCGCUACGAUGCGCAGAAAAGUUUAAACAAGCAAACGCUAAGAUAUCCAGAACAGGCUCCAGUUAAUAAAUUAAAACAGUCUUUUAUGGCUCCUAAAUAUACAAAAAAAAAUUGUUUUUUCUUAGAUAAAAGCGAUCAAACUCAUCAGAAUCAAUUCUGUGAUAAAGAUUUGGAGUGUUUCGGCUCGCACAUCGAUUCUCAGUUAGCAAGUGAAGCCUUUGAUUUCCAAAAGAAUUUGGCCUUAUUUGAUAAGGAAUCUAGUAGAAAAGAAUUUAUUAGCAGUCAUCAUUCUGAUGUCACAAAAAACCCAGGGAUAAUGGUGAAAUGUCACACUGAGGAAAACCUCGGGCAUCAACAGCAAAUUGUCAUUAAUCCUACUGCUAAUUCAGAAAAGUUCAUCAACGGUGAUAAUUCCACCAUCUCAAAAUCAACAAACUUACCUUGUUUUGUGAGAUAUACUAAGUGUUCUCUCACUUCAUUCAAGAAUGAUAAUAAGCCAAGCACCACCAAACUUCGUCAAAUAAUGGUGAGGUCUCCAGGCAUGAAAGAAUAUAUUACUGAUGAUGGUUUGAUUAUCCCUAGUAUAACGCCAGCACUGCGGCGUAGAUUACUAGAUAUGGCUGAGGAUCAGGGACUAUCAUUCGAGCGGCAAAAUGAAAUGAUGGGUCGAGCUGCUUGCGAGCUAGUGUCACAACUACUCAACAAAUCAACGAAGCUUAAUAUGUUCAACAAUCAGCUGCAACGCGUUGUAGUCAUGUGUGGCUCCCACAGACCAGGUGCAAUAGGGAUCAACUGUGCUAGGCAACUAGCCGCUCAUGGUUUCAAUGUGUUCGUCUACCUCAUGGAACCAUCAAAGUUCCUGAUGCCAGUUGCGCAUGAGUUAGCAUUGUACAGACUUACAAACAACAAUACCAUCCUUAAUUUUUCAGAGUUGCCCAAUACUGGAGUCGGAAUAAUUGUUGUUGCUUUGGCAGAUGAGCACACAGUGCGUCUUCCGGCCCCUGUCUCCCUUUGGAUCCAACGAAAUCAGGCGAUUAGGCUAUCUCUAGACCCUCCACCCAAUGGAACUCCAAACCUUGAAGUUCACUACUCAAUUCUUCCUGCGUUGCCUCUUACACACUCGCCAAGUAAUGGACAGCUGUUUUUGGCAAACAUCAAUAUUCCCCAGCAAAUCUUCACCAAUGUGGGAAUUUACUAUAAAUCUCCAUUUGGCUUGAAAUCGACGAUCUCAUUGCACGACUACAGUCAUAAACAUUGA